AUGGACAAUCGAACAUACUCAAUUAAACCUUCGAAGCAAGUCGUCCACCUAGAUGAAAUCUCCCGUCUGAAUCAGAUACACUCUCCUCUCCUUCGCCUACCGGCUGAGCUCCGCAACUCGAUAUUCGCUUACGCGCUAGGUGCCUCAAAAAUCGAGCGUUGUACCGGCUACAGCUGCCAAGUCUGCAGGAAAUUAAAAAUACUAUCGGGAUCGCCCAAAUAUGUCACCUGUCACUUCGAAGGCGGUCUCGGCAUUUUAUCAACAUGCCGUCAAGUCUACGCCGAGUCUAAACUUCUACCAUUCAAGUUGAACACGGUAUCUUCUCGCGUGCUCCCCCUUAGUGAGCCUUCAUACGACAAGUUUGCAGCCUGGCAACGCAAUGCCAUCACAUCAGUCCAGAUCCACGCCAAGAUGAGCAUCAAAUCUGCGGCCCCAAACCUCGGUGUUGAUUUCUUGCUGCAGGAGACUGGUCGCUUGAAGGGGCUUGAGCGCGUGACCUUUGUUUGCGGAUUGGCCGAUGCUCAGGCAAAGCAUGUUGGAGAAUUGCAGGGAUCAGAUGGCAAGAUUGAAUGUUGA